ACCUGAAGUGAGCUGAGCAUUGUUUUUGAUUUGAUUGCAACUAUUAUUGUCGAUCUUUCUCGAUUAAAUACAGAUUUAAAUUCAAACGUUUUUAAAUACGGCAGCGGCAACUUUUUAAGUAAGAUGCCUGUCAUAAAGCUUCAAUCAUCCGAUAAUAAAAUUUUUGACGUGGAUGUUGAGAUCGCAAAAUGUUCCGUAACAAUAAAGACGAUGUUGGAAGAUUUGGGCAUGGAUGAUGACGAAGAGGAAGUCGUGCCACUACCAAACGUCAAUUCUGCAAUUCUCCAAAAGGUUAUUCAGUGGGCAACCUAUCACAAAGAUGACCCUCCAUUACCAGAAGACGAUGAGAACAAUGAAAAACGCACUGACGAUAUUUCAUCCUGGGAUGCGGACUUUUUAAAAGUCGACCAAGGCACACUGUUUGAAUUAAUAUUGGCUGCUAAUUACCUUGACAUAAAGGGCUUAUUGGAUGUGACAUGUAAAACUGUAGCAAAUAUGAUCAAGGGUAAGACACCCGAAGAAGUUCGUAAAACCUUUAAUAUUAAGAAUGAUUUCGAAGCUGCUGAGGAAGAGCAGGUGCGCAAGGAGAAUGAAUGGUGUGCGGAAAAAUAAACCCGAUGGUUGUUAAGUUAUAUACAGUAUAUAAGUCACAGGUUAGUUUUUUGGAUUAUCCCUCUAAAAGUUAGUAUAAUUUAUGUUAAAAAUAAAUUACUUAAAAUUCCAUGUAAUAGUGAUGAGUGUUUUAAUAUUAC